AUGGGGCAGCUGCAUGACCUAGCAGUAGUGCCAACUCUCGCUGGUCCUGGAGUCCUAAUCAAGCGCUACGGCAACAGCACGAAUGCCGAGCUUACACCCGGAGAGAAAUGGACUUAUGUACUACACAUAGGUAUACAGGAGACUUCGUUGGCAUCCAGGCUUUCGACCUCCUUCAGGUCUCUCGGAGGCAGACUCGGAAGAAUCAGCAACGUCGAAGUCAUUAACCGGUGGCUCGACGUGCUCCAAAAAGACACCACCGCGCAAUCACAAGCUUCGAAGGCGGCUCUUCAGGUCAAGGUCAAGGUCGCCUUCAAGCAUAGCCUGUUGCCGGCAAGUACGACUUUGCACGAGGAGCGAGUCGUGCAGAUCGCUAUGACUGAGGAUGAAGUGGAACGUGCAAAGAUUUGGGAUGGCAAACUCGGCUACGACAGUGAGGAUGAAGAGGAAGAACGUGUUCAAGAGCUGCGGGUCAUGGGCGCUCCGUGGCUUUGA